AUGACAAUAGGCGAGGCGUUUCGAACGGGGGGGCUGGAGAUUCACUCCAGCGGGGUGACACAAGAUGGUGCGGAGCACCAGUUCUCGGUGGUUUACGAGGACCUCGAGAUUGCGGAGGUCAUCGGGAGGGGGUGUUCCAGCGUUGUCUUGAGAGCGAGACACGUCGGCACCGACAGGCCCCUGGCGUUGAAGGUUAUCAACAUGUUCGAAAAGGGGAAGCGACAUCAGCUCAUCAACGAGAUCAACGCGCUUUACGACGCCAGCCACCCCACCGUGAUCCAGUUUCUGGGGGCCUUCUACCGCGAGGGAGCAGUGACGAUCAUCACGGAAUACAUGGACGGGGGAUCGCUCUUGAACGUCCUGCAGCAGGUGGGCGCUGUCCCCGAGCGGGCCCUGUCGAGCGUGGCGUACCAAGUGCUGCUGGCGCUGGACUACCUGAAGCGGGGAAAGCGCAUCGUCCAUCGAGACAUCAAGCCAAGCAACCUGCUCAUCAACAGUCAGGGCGUUGUCAAGGUGACUGAUUUCGGGACAUCAGCCGGACUACAGAGCAGCUUCGCUAUGUGCGGAACUUUCGUGGGCACGUUCAAGUACAUGUCCCCGGAGAGGAUGAAGAGCGAGAGGUACAGCUACAGCUCCGACGUGUGGAGCCUGGGGCUCGUGCUCAUGGAAUGCGCUACCGGGGAAUUCCCGUACAGGGACGAAACUACGGCCAUAGACCUCGUCCAGACGAUAGUAGACGCCCCCGCGCCCGAGCUAGAUCCCUCGUCUUUCCCCGCGGAGUUCUGCAGCUUCGUGGCAGACUGCCUGAGGAAGAGGCCUGACGAUCGCAGCCCGGCGCAGGCCUUGCUGGGGGCGCCGUGGAUCACUGGUGGGGGGCUGGCGGUUAACCUGAACGCCGAUCUUGUUUCGGCCACGGCCAACGUGAAGCGGUGGAUAGACUCUCCAUCCUAG